AGACCAUAGAGAUGCGAGACUCGAGAGUGUGACUUGAGCGACUCGUGCAGCGGGAUCAGAUGAUAUGGGAAGUUAUCGCAUUUCCUUGAAACAUUUUUGACGUCAAAUGUGGCACCGUUGCCAGCUCUUGUUUAAUGUGCGACGUGUCUUUUUGACCUUCAACACUCCAACUUUCACGAAUACAAUACUACAGCGUUUAUCAAGCAUGGGCCCUGUGCGAAAGCCGGCAGUGCUGGUCACACGGCAGGAUGUAGCUAAGGAAGCUCUGGACCUUCUUCUUGAUAAGUGCGAUGUCGAUAUUUGGAAUGAAGACGAGCCGAUUCCCAGACCAGUUCUUCUGCGAAAGAUUGUUGGCAAAGACGCUCUCUUUUGCUUGGUUACGGAGAAGGUAGACUCUGAAUUGUUGGAUGCUGCUGGCCCCUCCUUGAAGGCAGUUGGCACAAUGUCGGUUGGUUAUGACCACGUCAACGUUGCUGAGUGCACUAAAAGGCGAAUCGCAGUCGGUAAUACGCCUCAUGUGUUAACUGACGCGACAGCGGAGCUAGGAAUUGGUCUUUUGCUAGCGACUGCUCGGCGACUGUUCGAAGCUCAUCAGGCAAUAGGCAGUGGAGAGUGGGCCAAGGCUGCAAUGAACCCAACGUGGAUGUGUGGCUCUGAAAUCAGAGGUUCAACUGUUGGAAUAGUUGGCAUGGGCAGCAUAGGGUUUGGAAUCCUUGAAAGGCUAAAGGCAUUUAAGGUGUCACGGUUCCUAUACAAUUCAAGGUCGCACAAGCCAGCAGCUGAGGCAAUGGGUGCUCAUUUCACAACAUUGGAGGAAUUGCUGAGACAGUCUGACUAUGUGGUAGUCUCUUGUGCCCUCACACCUGAAACAAAAGGAAUGUUCAAUAAACAGGCCUUCAGCAUGAUGAAGAGUACAGCAUCAUUUAUCAACAUUAGCAGGGGCCAGGUUGUAGACCAAGAGGCACUUUAUGAAGCCCUGACUUCUGGAAAAAUCCGGUCUGCUGGCUUGGAUGUCAUGACACCAGAGCCACUUCCGAGAGAUCAUCCACUGUUAAAGUUACCAAAUUGCGUGCUCUUGCCCCACAUCGGUAGUGCAGCGACUUGCACCAGAACUGCAAUGGCCGUGCUAACUGCACAGAACAUAUUGGCUGCUCUUGGUGGCAUACAAAUGCCUGCUUCAGUGAACUAGGGUAUCAGGAGCUCAUUAACAUGAGUGUAUUCCUGUACCUUUUUAAAAGAAAAAAAAUAAACAACCACAGAUACAUUUAGCCAAAGGCACCUGAAAUGUUAUAGCAUUAUUGAGGUUUUUAUCAUUUGUUGUUUCAAGGAGCUCGGAACAAAGAAAGCAGAAACACAGAUGUGUUGGUGCUUGCAACUUUGUGUUUGUAUUACCGGGAAGGACAAACACGAGGGUAGUUUGUAUGCAGCAGUGAGGAACAUCAAAGAUGCAGAACUAGGGGUAGUCGAAACGUGCAUUUCUCGGCUCAGUGUAACAAAAAGUCUAGUACAACUUGCGAUUCUCUCGCAGAUUUUGAUCACAUGUUGUCAGACCUUUAAGUUAAAUUUUUCAUUCUUUUUUAGUGCAUCGUCUAUAUAAGGGUAAAAUUUAUUUUUAAAAAGGACAAAAGAGAGUCCCCAACCUAUUUCUCCUCCUGAUUUUUCCCACCUGGUAUAUUAAUCAGUUAUGGGUAUGAUAAAAACCAAAAUAUCGGCCACUGUGAAUAAAUAUCUUGAAAAACA